AUGUAACCAAUAUUUGCGCAGUCUUUGAAUAAUAGCCACAACUUAAAAAAGCGGCAAAACACCCCUUCUACUUCUUCUUCAUCUUCUUUGCACAGACAAGAAACCGAGACUGGAUUCACAUACAAGAUUAUUGAAUAUUACUUCUACUGACAGUACAGAUCUGUAUACACACAAUUUUCUUGAAGUUCAAACUGCCACAGUUCUUACUUCAGGGAAUUUACCUAAAGUUGAGACAAUUUUCUUCAAGUUUAGCAAUUUUCCUUCAACUAUAGUAAUAUCAGCAGUUCGUACAAAUGUUGAGAGUUUCUUCAUUGCAUAUUCCACCAACAACUGGAUCGCCUGCUCAUUUCGCUCUCUCUUUCUGGAAAAUCACAUCGCCGUUAACUCCAACUUCUCGUAAAUUAUCAGCAUUUACCCGUUUAGCGUUACUUCACUCGAGAACCCUGUUACCCAAUUCGCGUUACAAUAUCCAGUUUCCCAGCUUUAAAAGGGUGUCAACUAUGUUGGGUCAAGGUCAUACUUGUUCUAAAUUUAUUACAGCCUCAUAUAGUGCUGGAAGUGGUCCUGGAGGCGGUCGAGAGAUAUUAGUACAGCAUUUACUUGUCAAAGAAGAUGACCAGAAGCUUUUACUUGAGCUUCUGAAAAGAACUGCAGAAGGAGAGGAUCUAAGUGAUCUGGCCGUUCAGUAUUCUCUUUGUCCAUCAAAAGAAGAAGGGGGAAUGCUUGGCUGGGUGAGAAAAGGGCAAAUGGUACCAGAAUUCGAAGAAGCUGCAUUUGGUGCACCACUGAAUAAGGUUGUAAAGUGUAAAACUAAGUUUGGAUGGCAUUUAUUGCAAGUUCUAUCUGAGAGGGAGGAAUCUGUACUUGAACACAUCCAACCAAACGAGUUUCAUGUGAAGCUGCAAGAUCCAUCUUUCCUGGAAGAGGCUCAAUUGAUUGAUGUUCGAGAACCAGAGGAAGUGGCCCAGGCUUCUUUACCAGGAUUUCAGGUUCUUCCCCUUCGCCAAUUUGGAAGCUGGGGACCAGAAAUAACAACUAAGUUUGAUCCUCAAAAGGACACAUAUGUCUUGUGUCAUCAUGGCAUGAGAUCACUACAAGUCGCCAAGUGGUUGCAGACACAGGGAUUCAGGAAAGUAUUUAACAUUGCUGGAGGAAUCAACGAAUAUGCUGUCAAAGUUGAUCCAUCGAUCCCAACUUACUGAAGCUGGUUCUCUUCUAGCUCUCAUUACCUUCUGCUCCUGGAUCCUUUACGUCAGAGGUCACGGUCUUUUCCCUUGGUGUUGGAGCUCUUUCUCCUGUCAACUCACCUGGUGACAGAGCUCAGUUGGUCACCACACCAUUUUGUUUUCGAUUGUCCAACAAUUUUCGCUCAAACAGACAGCUUUUCUAGGGAUAAAUGGCAGAUCUUUCUCGAGAAUUCAGAUUGACGUGAAAGUUUUGGCACCUUGAUGCCAGGACACAUUUUUGCACUAUCAAACAUUAAAUCAUGCAAUAUGCAAUGACUUUAUUCUGAACUGCAUAUUUUGUUACAAUUUCUUGUAGCAAGGAUUAUAAACUUUAAGUUCUGCAGUUACAGUCUAAUGAUAAAAUGAACCUCCCUUUACUUGGUUCAAGUUGUACAA